UGGAACCAAUUUCAUCAAUGGCCGGCCAACUUGCAUUCACGUCCGCGGCUGUCGUGGCGGAAACUAGGGUUUAGCUCACAAACAGCCUUCGCUGCACUAGACUCGUGGCAUUAUGUUUCCUACCUCAUCUCUCCAGCGUCAGAGCCGCCGGAGCUUCUCUCCCACAAUCUUCUGUCGCCACAACAGGUUCCUUUCAACCCAAGUGGAAUACCCACUGACACACCCCACUUACGCUAUCUGGGCCGCCAAUACAUCUCUCGGGAAAACACUUGUCUCUACUGGCCUCUCCAUAUCCUUCCUCUCGGCUCCAGAUAAGAAAUUCAUUUACCUGAAGCCCUUCCAGACUGGAUUUCCUCUGGAUUCCGACUCCCGCUUUGUUUACCAAAAAUUCACCGAGUUCGUUUCUCUGCACCGUCCUGGAUUCUCUGUUCUUGCUUCUGACCAUGUCCUCCGGGCCUCUGGCCCCGCAUCCCAGGAGCUAUUGAACACGGCGACUUAUGGUGCCGGAUUUGUGAAUCUGGGUUGGCACGCAAAGAAGUUGUUGGGGAAUGGGGAUGGAUUGGACGUCCCAGAGCUUGUUUGUAAGACACUGUAUGCGUGGAGAGAGGCUUUAUCACCUCAUGUGGUUGCAGAGAAGGAAGGAGCUCCCGUGGAUGAUAUUGAAUUGUUAGAAAAGCUGAAAGGCUGUUUAGGAGUUCAUUCAGAGACAUGGGUUCACCAGGGUGGAGCAAAUGUGGAUAUGAUGUGUGUGAUUGAGACUGCUGGGGGUGUUGCCAGUCCUGGUCCCUCGGGUUCACUCCAAUGUGACUUGUACCGGCCUUUUCGUUUGCCAGCAAUUCUUGUUGGGGAUGGAAAACUAGGUGGUAUUUCUGCAACAAUUUCUGCGUAUGAAACUCUAAAGCUUCGUGGUUAUGAUGUCGUUGCUAUUGUCCUUGAAGACCAUGGUCUUCUGAAUGAGGCGUCACUACGUUCAUACUUGAGGGAGAGCAUCCCAGUGCUUGUGCUUCCACCUAUACCGCAAGAAAUGUCAAAUGAUCUUAUGGAAUGGUUUCAUCAAUCCCAGGUUGUAUUCAGUUGUCUUCUGGAAAUAAUGUGCUUAACAUCUCAUAGAAGAAUAGAACGACUGCAUUACAUGCCAAAGAAGGCCCACAAAAUUUUCUGGUGGCCUUUUACCCAACAUAAGCUUAUAUCUGAAGAACAUGUUAUGAUGAUUGAUUCACGCUGUGGUGAGAACUUUGCGGUGCACAAUGUCUGUGGUCUUGUUAAGAAUGUUGAUUCUAUUAUUCCACAAUUUGAUGCUUGUGCAAGUUGGUGGACACAGGGACCUGAUGCUAGUUUGCAGGUUGAGCUUGCAAGAGACAUAGGUUAUGCUACCUCUAGAUAUGGGCAUGUAAUGUUUCCUGAGAAUGUUCAUGAGCCAGCUUUGGAGUGUGCUGAACUUUUACUUGAAGGUGUCGGAAAAGGUUGGGCUUCAAGAGUAUACUUUUCAGACAAUGGAUCUACGGCAAUUGAAAUUGCACUUAAAAUGGCGCUACGCAAAUUUUUGUUUGAUCAUGGAUUCAUUUUUGACAACCCAAAUGGUAACGGUGUUGAUAGAUAUAUCAAUCUAAAGGUUUUGGCUCUUAGAGGAUCAUAUCAUGGCGAUACAUUGGGAGCUAUGGAAGCGCAGGCACCAUCACCUUAUACUGGAUUCUACCAACAACCAUGGUAUAAGGGAAGAGGUCAUUUUUUAGAUCCACCGAAAGUUUCUUUGUGUCAGGGCGCUUGGAAACUUUGCAUCCCAAAAACAAUUCAACCUGAAAUAGCAAAUGAAAAAGAUUUGAUUUUCAACUCUCGUGAUGAAAUUUUUCAUAAAGAGCGGGAUGUGUCAGGUAUUGCUGAUAUGUAUUCAUCAUACCUAUCAAAAGAGUUAUUGGAGAAUCUGAAUCCUAGAGGGUUUAUCUCUAUUGGAGCAUUGAUUAUCGAACCAGUAAUUCAAGGCGCUGGUGGAAUGGAAAUGAUUGAUCCUUUGUUUCAACGAAUACUCACAAAAGAAUGCCACAGGCGAAAGAUUCCUGUCAUAUAUGAUGAGGUUCUUACUGGGUUUUGGCGCCUUGGGACAGAGUCUGCAGCAGAGUUGCUUUCCUGUCAACCAGAUAUUGCAUGCUUUGCAAAAUUAUUGACCGGUGGAGUUGUACCUUUAGCCGUCACACUUGCCUCAGAAGCAGUUUUUGAAGCAUUUCUUGGGGACUCGAAGCUCAAAGGUCUUUUACACGGCCACUCCUACACUGCACAUGCUUUGGGCUGUACAGCAGCUGUCAAGUCUAUUAGAUGGUUUAAAGACUGUAAAACAAAUCCUAAUUUGGCAUGUGGCGGGAGACUGCUCAAGGAGAUGUGGGAUGAAAACAUAGUUAGACAGAUCUCUUUGCUCCCAGCAAUUAGUAGGGUGGUUGCCUUAGGAACCCUAUGUGCCAUUGAGCUUCAAGUAGAAGGUUCCAGUGCUGGGUAUGGUUCACGCUGUGCUUCAAGCCUUGUUGAGAAGCUCCGAGAUGACGGCGUUUACAUGAGGCCCCUGGGCAAUGUCAUUUACGUCAUGUGCGGCCCCUGCACCGACUCCGACCUCUGCUACCACGUUUUGGAAAAGGUUUUCACAAGACUGCAGGCAGGAGGACUUUACCCACCCUAAUUAUUAAUUAAUAAUUAAUAAUUAGGUAAAUGUAAACCAUGAAUAAUAUUUCUCUUACGUACUUCAAUUGUCCCUUAUUUCUUUUGGUGAAACUACCUCCUGAGAAACAAAUUUAACAAAAAUAAAUUAAAUGCGUGAAUAUACUAAAACAAAAUAAAGCAUUGAGCAUUGAGAAGAAAUAAAUAAAUAAAUACGGAGUAUAUUAAUUAGGA